AUUGUGGUCUUACCUGACUGGUAUUGCAAAAGGAAGUGCAAACGUCGACUAUCCGUACUCUUGCGUUCCCUUACCUAAUUAUCCAGCUCAUCUACUUAUUUUUAUUCCUUGUCUUGCAACAUCUUUACGUGGACGACGGGGGUUGACGGUAUCGUAUGGGAAUCCUUACCUUCAAUCUUAUUACGAAGCCAACCUCCUGGGGUUUGUGCUAGUAUUGUAGGAACAAGAUAAUCAGUUCAGCACCUCAUUUGUUAAUUAAACUAUAUAUUUAUAGCCCUUGACUGCUAUGGCUGAGCCGCCGAAGAAAAUGGCCCGGCGAGAGCAGGCGGCUAACCAGAAGGACGCGGCACCAACUGAUGUCAGCAUUAUCAUACAAUUCCAAUCGUCUACCGGCGAUGACACAGGUCCUCAGCUGGACAUCCCGCACAACGUCACGCCUGCGCAGCUGGAGGUGUUGCUGAACGGGCUGCUGAACAACGAGGAGAAGCUGCCGUACUCGUUCUACAUUGAGGAGCAGGAGCUGCUGGGCGAGCUGGGCGGGCACCUGGCGGCUCACAAGAUCAGUGUGGAGAAGGCGCUGCGGGUGGUGUACCAGCCGCAGGCCGUGUUCCGAGUGCGCCCCGUGGCGAGGUGUACGGCAUCCAUACCAGGCCACUCCGAGUCCAUCCUGUCGGUCAACUUCUCCCCCUGCGGCACCCAGCUGGCCAGCGGGUCGGGCGACACCACGGUGCGCUUCUGGGACCUAAACACGCAGCUGCCAAAACACGAGUGCAAGGGUCACCGCAACUGGGUGCUGGUGGUGAGCUGGUCGCCCGACGCGCGCUACGUGGCGAGCGGCGACAUGGACGGCGCCAUCCUGCUGUGGGAGCCGGCCAAGGGGGCGGGCAGUGUGGGGGCGUGCAGCGGGCACGGCAAGUGGAUAACAUCCAUGGCCUGGGAGCCCGCCCACAAGGCCCUGCCCAGCCAGCGGUUCGUGAGCGGCAGCAAGGACAACACAAUCAAGGUGUGGGACGCCUCCACUCGGCGCUGCCUGCUGAGCAUGUCCAACCACUCGCAGCUGGUGACGGCGGUCAAGUGGGGCGGCGAGGGACUCAUCUACUCGGCCUCGCGGGACUGCACCAUCAGCGCAUGGGACGACAGGGACGGCAAGCUGGUCCGCGUGUUCAAGGGUCACGGGCACUGGGUCAACACGCUGGCGCUGUCCUCCGAGUACGCGCUGCGAACCGGUGCAUUCGACCACACGGGCAAGGCGCCGGAGGAGCUGGAGGCGGCUCGGCAGCGGGCGGCUGAGCGGUACGCGGAGGCGACUGGGGGCAGGCCCGAGCGGCUUGUAUCCGGCAGCGACGACUUCACGUUGUGUCUGUACGAGCCCUCCACCAACAAGACCCCCCUGGCGCGCAUGACGGGGCACGUGCAGCUGAUCAACCAGGUGGUGUUUUCCCCCGACGGCCGCCUCAUCCUGUCCGCCUCCUUCGACAAGUCCGUGAAGCUGUGGUGUGGGCUGCGCGGCACCUUCCUGGCCACGCUGCGGGGGCACGUGGGGCCGGUGUACCAGGUGGCAUGGUCCUCGGACUCGCGCAUGUUCGUGAGCGGCAGCAAGGACUCAACACUCAAGGUGUGGGACGCGCGCACCCGCAAGCUCAAGGUCGAGCUGCCCGGCCACUCGGACGAGGUGUUCAGUGUGGACUGGAGCCCGGACGGCGGCAGCGUGGCCAGCGGGGGCAGGGACAAGCUGCUCAAGCUGUGGAGGCACUGAGGGGGAAAAAGAAAUUCCAAAGUGUGGUGUGAUAAUGAUACAAGUUGCUGACAAUCCCUGGUGGAAUCAAUCGUGAGUCGAGCCGAAAAGGCAC